UGUUUGUCUUUUGACAGAGUCUACUCAGACGCUUCAUAAAGAGAGAAGUCCUCCAUGAUAUCACUGCCCUGCAGCUGACCAAAUUGGAUGUCACAGACAAGACCAUCUGGCUCAGCCCACAAGACAUCAGCAUUGGUCUAGGUGCAGAGACAGUCCUUAAGGUAGUGUGAUGGUUUAAAAAGGUCAUUUUACAAAUGGUUAGGCUGAACCAGGUCAUUGAAGAUAUGGCUACCUCUCUCUAGAGCAUCAAAGGUGCAGAGCUCAGGGUGCUAGAAUUCAGGAGAGAGUGCAUGCAGGGACUGUGUAGCAUCAUUAGGAAAGUGCAGGACAAGAGCCCCCUCAAGUAUCAGACUGUUAGGCAGAUGGUGUGCCUGGAUCCAUCAGUAAUGUACAGAGACCCAGAAAGAUGCAGGAAGCACAUGAAAGGGCUGGCUCAGAGGUUUCUCCAGGACAAACAGCUAACUGAUACUUUUGCAGGGGAUGUCAUACUGCAGCAAUUCGACAGUUUCCUAUCCUUGGAGAGCCGGAGUGAGGACUUCCUCUCCUUUCCUCCCAUGCAGAAGAGGCUGGACAUCUUCCUGAGGAGUGCCAUGGAACCUUAUCCAGAGCUGUGGGGCUUCUGCAAGAAGCUGCUCAUCCUUUCCCACGGCCAAGCUACAAUUGAACGUGGAUUCUCUAUCAACAAAGAGGUGGAGUCAGACAAUAUUCAAGAGGACACUGUGGUCACACGGAGGCUGGUGUGUGACUAUAUCACACAACACGGAGGUGUUACCCAGGUUCCACUCAGUAAAGCGCUACUCGAGAGUGUAGCAAGAGCUAGGACCAGAUAUCGUGCCCAUCUUGAGACAGAGAGAAAGAAAAGGGAGGCAAAAUCCCAGGCUCUUAAGAGGAAAGAGGUAGAGGACUGUCUUCAGGAGCUAAAGGUGAAGAGGAGACGCAUACAAGAGGUGUGUGAGGGUCUAGCUAGGGAUGCGGACAGGCUGUCUGAGGAGGCUGAAAGGAAGGCAGGAAGCAAGAUGGCUGACCUGAUCUCCAGGUCCAACCUCCUGCGGAGAGGCCAUAAGGAGAAGUUGACGGAACUGGCUGUCCUUGAUAAAGAGAUUGCUGCCCUGAGUGAAAAGCUUAGGAGUUGACUGUGUUUCUUAAUUUAAUUUAUUGUUGAGUUCUGAUUUUCGAUGUUUAUUGUUCAGGGGUCUCUCAGUUCCCCAUAUUCCUAGCAUGGAAUAAGUAGCUAGCUAAUGUUAAAAAAACAACUUAACAUUGUUUGGCAAACUUUCUUGUGGCCUACUGAAAUGUUUUUAUUUUUCACACCUGCUUGGCGUAUCUUUUACCCAUUCCACAUUUGAAAAAUAAAUGAACACAAGUUCAAGGAUUUUGUUUUUCUUUGCUGAUAGGGACGUGAAAUAGGUAUUCAUUUUUUAUAUAAAUGGUCUUAAAAAGGUCUUAAAAAGACUUGAAUUUAACUUGAAGAAACCUGUAGGAACCCUGUAUAAUAAAGUAGUGUGUUUAGUGCAUUCUGGAUUGUCAAAGAGUGACCAUUAGUUGCACAUAUACAGAUGUAUAGAUACAGGCCCCCACUAAUAAAUAAAUUCAAUAAAGGUAACCUUUUGUACAUAUUUUUAAUGGUUUAAAUGUUUAAUCUACAUGUUUGACCACUUAUGAACUACUCAUAUGAACCACUCAUUUAGCCUACUAUAUACGUGUACGUGACUAAUGUGCCCUACCAUCACCAAUAAAUAAAUUACUUUUAAAGCACAAAAUUGUUUACAAGAGAACAAGUUUCUUCAUUGAUCUAAUCACUUAAAUUUUGGUCUCAGAAUGCACCAGAUUUAUGCAUUUAAAUUUAA